CACGUGACGCAGCCGGGGCGUGGGAGGGAUGUGCUGGGGCGGGAGGGAGGAGUGAGAGCGAGACAGACGCCGUUCGGUCACAUGACACGUCAUGUGACACGACGCGGAAGUCCGCGACACGCUUCGGGCACCGGCGGCUUCUGAGCUGCAUCAGGAUGUUCUCGGCGGGCGCGGAGAGUCUGCUGCACCAGGCCAGGGAGAUACAGGAUGAGGAGCUGCAGCGAUUCUGCACCCGGGUCACUAAGCUGCUGCAGGAGCCCCCUGGGCCAGCCACCAUGGAUGCCCUGCAGAGGGUCUUGCUCAUUGUCUCAGCCACCAAGUACCCCCGGAGGCUGGAGAAGAUGUGUCUGGACCUGUUGCAGACCACCCUCUGUUUGCCCACAAGCCCCGAGCAGCUUCAGGGCCUCUGUGCCGCUAUCUUGAGAGAGAUAUCACCUUUUGAGGACCUGGCCCUGUCCUUCGAUCACACCCAGAACACCCGGCAGCUCAGCCUCGUGGCCUCUGUGCUCUUGGCCCAGGGAGACAGAAAAGGAGAGAUCAGACGUGUGAGCGAGUGCAUCUUCAAGAUCCUUGAGAACCGGCAGCCCGAGGGCCCCAGUGUCAGGCACCUCCUCCCUGUCCUGUCCAAGGUCAUUGGCCUGGCCCCGGGCACCCUCUCGGAAGACCAGACCAACCUGCUCAGCAAAAGGCUAGUGGAUUGGCUACGCUACGCCAGCAUCCAGCAAGGGCUUCCGUGCUCGGGGGGCUUCUUCUCCACACCCAGGACCCGGCAGCCAGGUCCCAUCACUGAGGUGGAUGGAGCAGUGGCUUCUGACUUCUUCACGGUACUCUCCACGGGCCAGCACUUCACCGAGGACCAGUGGCUGAACGUGCAGGCCUUCUCUAUGCUUCGGAAGUGGCUGCUACACAGUGGCCCUGAGGACCCAGGCAGUCCAGAUGCAGAUGACAAGUCGGAGCUGGAGGGCUCCACCUUGUCUGUGCUGUCCACCACCUCCACUGCCGGCCGCCUGCUGCCCCCUCGGGAGCGGCUGAGGGAGGUGGCCUUUGAGUACUGCCAGCGCCUGUUGGAACAGAGCAACCGGAGAGCCUUGAGGAAGGGGGACUCCGACCUGCAGAAAGCUUGCCUGGUGGAAGCUGUGUUGGUGCUCGACGUGCUUUGCCGACAGGACCCCUCCUUCCUUUACCGCACCCUCUCCUGCCUGAAGGCCCUGCAUAGGAGGCUGGGGGAAGACCCCGGCAGCGAGCGGGCACUGGUGCCUCUGGCUCAGUUCUUCCUGAACCAUGGGGAAGCGGCCGCCAUGGAUGCAGAAGCCAUCUACCAGCACCUGCUCAACAGGCUCCCUUCCGAGCGCUUCUACAGCCCGACCCUGGCCUUCGAGGUCAUACACUUCUGCACGCACAACCUGGCUCUGUUCGACCCCCAUUUCCUCAGCCUUCUCAGGUUGAGCUUCCCUGGUUUGUUCAAGUUCCUGGCUUGGCACAGUCCUCCCCUCACAGCCGAGUUUGUGGUACUGCUCCCAGCUCUGGUGGAUGCUGGCACAGCCGUGGAGAUGUUGCACGCACUGCUUGACCUGCCCUGCCUGACCGCCGCCCUGGACCUACAGCUCAGGUCCUCACAGACCCCAUCAGAAAGGCCGCUUUGGGAUGUCUCCCUCAAGAUUCCUAGCUGCCUGGAGGCCUUCCGGGACCCACGGCUCCAAGGACUCUUCCGCCACCUGCUCCGUACCAAGGCCAGCAGCUCCACAGAGAGACUGACGCCACUUCACCAGCUGCUGAAGCCCAUGGCCAGCUGUGCCCGGGUAACCCAGUGUGCAGAGGCAGUACCCAUCCUGCUUCAGGCCUUCUUCUCAGCCGUGACCCAGUUUGCCGACGGGGCCCUGAUCAACCAGCUGGCGCUGCUGCUCCUGGACAGAAGCGACUCCCUCUACCAGGUCCCGCAGUAUGAGGCCCGUGUGCACAGGGUGCUGGGCUCCCAGCUCCUGGCACUGUGUAAGCUGAAGCCGUCGCUGGUGGUGGAGCUGUCUCGGGAACUUCUGGAGUCUGUGGGGAGCGUGAGCAGCGUCUGCAGCCGAGCCAGCUUGUUCACCUGUGUGGUGUGGGCCAUUGGCGAGUACCUGUCAGUGACCUGUGACAAGAGGUGCACAGUGGAGCAGAUCAACAGGUUCUUUGAAGCCCUGGAGGCCCUGCUGUUCGAAGUCACCCAGUCCCGUCCCUCGGCCGACCUGCCCUGCUGUCCCCCACAGGUGGUCACCGCACUCAUGACCACACUGACCAAGCUGGCCUCCCGGAGCCAAGACCUGAUCCCAAGGGUGUCACUGUUCCUGUCAAAAAUUCGGACCCUGGCCCAGAACCCAGCCACCAGCUCUGUGUACAGUGAGGAGGACGCAGAAGCCAUCCGUACCCGGGCCACAGAGCUACUGGCUCUCCUGAAGAUGCCCAGUGUGGCCCAGUUUGUGUUCACACCCAGUGCAGGCGUGUGCCAGCCCCGCUACCACCGAGACACCAACACAGCCCUGCCUCUGGCCCUGCGCACCGUCAGCCGGCUGGUGGAGAAGGAGGCUGGCCUCUUGCCAGGUUGAAGGGACAGUCACCACCUGAACACUGGCUACAGCUUAAGAGCCUGAGCGGUCAGCCUGAUGUCAGAGCUGAGCUGCGGGCUUGGGUGACUAGAGAGGGGAGGAAGUGGACAUGGCCCUCAAGAUGACAUCACUAGCUCCUGGGGAUGAGUCAUCCAGCCUUGUCCCUGUGGCUGGCCACACUCAGCCUGGAGCAGCUGAGAGAUGGCUGAGCACCGUUUCCUAGGCUGAGCAGAAGCGGCCCUGUCUGCUCACUGCUAUUAACUCAUUUCUGGAGUUGGGGGCAAGGAGCAGUACAGGAACAAUAAUAAACUUCAUAAAAUUGCU